GGGAGUUGGGAGAGCGAGCGAGCGAGAGGAGAAAAAAAAAGAGAGGCAUCCAGCCCAGAUGCUAAAGGCAAAUAAAUAGACCCGGAGAAGCAGCCGCCCGCGGUGCACGGACGAGCCCCCGAGCCGCUCUUUUGCAAAGGAGGGGGGCCCGCCUCUUGCCUUUUCUUUUGCACAUUGGAGCGGAGGUUGCAAAGGGGCUGGAGGAGAGAGAGGGCGAGCGAGAGAGCCGCGCCGUAGCAGCAGCAGCCGCAGCCGCAGCAGCAGCACUCGCCGCCGCCGCCGCCGCCGGAGAGCAGCCCCGUGCCCCGCCGCCUCUCGCCAACCAGCAAACUGGCGCACCCGCUCGCCAGCCAGAGCAGCCCCCUCGCGCCCGGCGGAGUGCCCCCUUUCUGGAGGACUGUCAGCGGCAGCGGCGGCGGCGGCGGCGGCCCCAGCAAGAGGAUGGCAUCAGACCUGGCAAUGAACAGCUCCGACCUGCCCACCAGUCCCUUGGCCAUGGAAUAUGUUAAUGACUUCGAUCUGAUGAAGUUUGAAGUGAAAAAGGAGCCGGUGGAGACCGACCGCAUCAUCAGCCAGUGCGGCCGCUUGAUCGCCGGGGGCUCGCUCUCGUCCACCCCGAUGAGCACGCCCUGCAGCUCGGUGCCCCCCUCGCCCAGCUUCUCGGCGCCCAGCCCGGGCUCGGGCAGCGACCAGAAGAGCCACUUGGAAGACUACUACUGGAUGACCGGCUACCCGCAGCAGCUCAACCCGGAGGCGCUGGGCUUCAGCCCGGAAGACGCCGUGGAAGCGCUCAUCAACAGCAGCCACCACCAGCUCCAGAGCGCCGCCGGCUUCGAGGGCUAUGCCCGGGGGCAGCAGCUGGCCGCCGCCGCCGGCCCGGGCGGCUCCAUGCCUCCCGACGAGAUGGGCUCGGCGGCCGCCGUCGUGUCGGCCGUGAUCGCGGCGGCGGCGGCGCAGCAGAGCGGCGGAGGCGGCGGCGGCGGGCCGGGCGCGCCCCAUUACCACCACCACCACCACCACCACGCCGCCGGCCACCAGCCGCACCACCACCCGCACCAGCAGCCGCCGGGCAGCGUGCAGUCGUCUGCCAGCAGCACCAGCAGCAGCAGCAGUAGCAGCAGCGGCGGCUCCGGAGGAAGCGGCGGCUCCGGGGGAGGCGGCGGCGGCGGCGGGGGUCUCCACCACGCGCACCACGGCUUGCACUUCGAUGACCGCUUCUCGGACGAGCAGCUGGUGACCAUGUCGGUGAGGGAGCUCAACCGGCAGCUCCGCGGCGUCAGCAAGGAAGAGGUGAUCCGGCUGAAGCAGAAGCGGCGGACCCUCAAGAACAGAGGCUACGCCCAGUCCUGCCGCUUCAAGCGGGUCCAGCAGAGGCACGUCUUGGAGUCCGAGAAGAACCAGCUCCUCCAGCAGGUCGAGCACCUCAAGCAAGAAAUCUCCAGGCUGGUCCGGGAGAGGGACGCCUACAAAGAGAAAUACGAGAAGUUGGUCAGCACUGGCUUCAGAGAAAACGGCUCCAGCAGCGACAACCCCUCCUCUCCAGAGUUUUUCAUGUACCCAAGAGAAUCUUCUACAUCAGUGAUGUGAGAAUCCCUGUUGCCUGAAGUCUGAAAAG